GUUGGGCGUUUAAACGGGAUUAUUCCUUCUUGCCGUUUCGUCUCGACUCGGGGCCCCGUGUGUCUUCCAGUCGGUCCUCGAGGUGAAAUGAGGAACCUGAAGCUGCUGAAGAGGCUGAGCAGCUCCGAGCUGCGAGCUCCCGGCUCCCCGCUGCGUCUCUCCGUGAGGGCCGACACCGGCUCGCUGCUGGUGGCUUCCCACUACUCCAUCACGGAGUACGACCCGCGGACCGGCCAGGUGGUCAGCGAGGCGUCGCUGGCGGCCGCCGGCUUCCUGCCGGAGGACGGCAGCGGCGCCGUGGUCGGCCUGCAGGACCUCGCCGAGCUGGAGUCGGCGUGUCUGUCCACGGCCGGCGGCGACGUCGUCCUCUUCAACUUCAACACCUGCCAGCUGGAGUGCGUCGGCAGCGUCGACAGCGGCCUGACCGCCAUGAGCUGGAGCCCCGAUGAGGAGCUGGUCGUCCUCACCACCGGUCAGGAGACGAUCAUCAUGAUGACCAAACACUUUGAGCCAAUCACUGAGGUCGGAAUCCACCAGGACGACUUCGGUGAAGGGAAGUUCGUCACGGUGGGCUGGGGGAAGAAGGAGACUCAGUUCCACGGAUCAGAGGGGAAGCAGGCCGCCCAGAGGAAGACCCCGGAGGUUCACCCGGUCGCGGCGUGGGACGACGGCGCCCCGCGGGUCACGUGGCGAGGCGACGGUCAGCUGUUCGCCGUCGGCGCCGUCUGCCCCCGGACCGGAGCCCGCAAGGUCCGGGUCUGGAACCGGGAGGGGGUCCUGCAGGCCACCGGCGAGCCGGCCAACGGCCUGGAGCCGGCGCUCUGCUGGAAGCCCUCCGGCGGCCUCAUCACGAGCACUCAGCGCCACCCCAACAAACACAGCGUGGUGUUCAUGGAGAAGAACGGCCUGCUGCACGGAGACUUCACCCUCCCCCUCCGACGAGACCAGGCCAAGGUGAAGGAUCUGCUGUGGAACAGCGACUCCACGGUUCUGGCCGUGUGGUUGGAGGACUUGUCCGCUGGAGAGGACCAGCAGGUCAACACCUCCAUCCAGCUGUGGGUGGUGGGGAACUACCACUGGUACCUGAAGCAGAGCCUGGACUUCGGCGGGGACCCCCAGAGGGCCCCGGUCUGCGUCUGCUGGGAUCCCGAGCGCCCCCUCAGGCUCCACCUGGCCACGCGCGGCUGGACCUGCGUCACCUAUGACUGGGGCUGGGCCACCGAGAGGAGCCCCGGGACGGACGGCGCCGACGGCGCCAACGUGGCCGUGAUCGAUGGAGAUAAAAUCCUGGUGACGAGCUUCAGGCGGUGUGUGGUUCCUCCUCCCAUGUGUUCCUUCGAGCUCCAGCUGACCGCGCCAGUCAACCAGGUGACCUUCCUGUGCCAACCCCAGAGGACCAAUCAGCUGGCGGCGUUGACCUCCGACGGACGGAUUUCAGUCUACGUCCAAGAUUCUGGAGAACAAGUCGGCAGAACGGCAGACGGGUUCCGCGCGGCGUCUCGUCCUCUGGUCCUCCGGAAAACCUUCAGGGUUGCCGUUCUGGGGGCGGAGCCUCUGGCCCUGCGCCAGCUGCUGUGGCUUGAGGACGAGCUGUUUGUGGGCGUGAGCUCCGGUCUGCCGCCCACCUCCUCCACCUUGAUGAUGCUCCGCCCCUCACGGGACGCCGAUGACACGCUGACUGUCAGCUCUGAAGUGGAAGUGGACGGAGUCGUGGUCAGCGUCAUCCACGGCUCCCAGACCGGCACGGUGGCGCUGCAGCUGGAGGACGGACAGAUCAAGAAGCUGCUCUGGGACGGUCCCGAUCUGUCCGUGGAGGAGUGGCGUGACGCCACCGGGAGCUGCGUCAACUUCCCGGUUCCCUGCGUUCAGACGGCGCUCUGCAGCAUCAGCGGGGAGGAGCGUCUCCUCGGCCUGACGGACAGAUCUCACCUGUACGCUGGAGACACGGAGCUGGCCUCCAACAUUUCGUCCUUCGCGGUUUGCAACGACUUCCUCCUCAUCACCACUCACUCCCACACCUGCCGCUGCCUCCAGCUGAGCACGCUCGGCCUCGCAGGCCUACAGGCGGCCUUGGCCUCUGACGGAGGUCAGAACGACGAGUCCCUGCGCCGGGUGGAGAGGGGGUCCAGGAUCGUCACCGUGGUACCGCAAGACACCAGAGUGGUGCUGCAGAUGCCGCGUGGGAACCUGGAGACGGUGCACCAUCGGGCGCUGGUGUUGGCUCAGCUCAGGACGUGGCUGGACAGUCUGAUGUUCAGAGAGUCCUUCGAGUGCAUGAGGAAGCUGAGGAUCAAUCUGAACCUCCUCUACGACCACCACCCCAAGGUCUUCCUGGAGAACCUGGAGGCCUUCAUCACGCAGCUGGACUCCAUCAGCCACAUCAACCUCUUCAUCACGGAGCUCAAGGAGGAGGACACCACCAGCACCAUGUACCCCCGAGGCCCCGAGGACCGCCCGGUCCAGGCCCGGCCGGUCGCCGGGCAGAAGAAGGUGGAUGUGGUGUGCGACGCUCUACGCGGCGCCAUGGAGUCCAUGGAUCCCAACAAGUUCUUUCUGUGCGUGCUGUCGACCCACGUGAAGAAGACGGAGCCGGAGCUGGAGGUCGCUCUGCAGAAAGUCCACGAGCUCCGAGUGAACCCUCCUCGCGGCGUCGGGGCCGUGAGCGCCGAAGAGGCGCUGAAGUUCCUCCUCUUCCUCGUCAACGUCAACGACCUGUACGAACAUUCUCUGGGAACGUACGACUUCGACCUCGUGCUCAUGGUGGCCGAGAAGUCACAGAAGGACCCCAAAGAGUACCUCCCCUUCCUCAACAUGCUGAAGAGCCUGGAGACCAACUACCAGCGCUACUCCAUCGACAAGCACCUGAAGCGCUACCGGAAGGCCCUGCAGCACCUCAGCAAGUGCGGAGAGGAACACUUCCACGAGGCUCUGCAGCUGGUGAGGGAGCACAAGCUGCACAGCGAGGCUCUGAGGCUGUUCGCCGCCGACGGCGCCCGCCACAAGGCUCUGAGCUGCGCCUACGCCGAGCACCUGAUGGAGCAGCAGCAGCCGGAGCAGGCCGGCCUGUUGCUGUGGCGAUGCGGCGAGCCGGUCGGCGCCCUGCAGGCGUUCGCCAGCAGCUGCAGCUGGAGGAACGCCAUCUGCACCGCGCAGCAGAUCCCACUGCCGGCCGACCAGCUGGCGCUGCUGGCCAGAGACCUGGCGGAGAAGCUGAUUGAGCAGCGACGAUUCUCAGAAGCUGCUCUGCUGUUGGACCAGUACGCCAAAGACUGUGAGGAGGCCAUCUUGGCUCUGAUCACCGGCUCCGUCUGGGAGGAGGCGCUCCGAUUGAUUUAUAUGCACGACCGACAAGACAUCACAGAAACCAACCUCAAGCCGGCGCUGCUGGAAGCCGUCAUCACCCAGACCUCCUUCCUGGAGGCUCAGGUCUCGGCGUUCUGCCGGUACCGGGCCCGGCUGGCGGUGGUCCGGGAGCAGAAGAGCCGGCUGGGCCUGCUGGACGAGGACGGGCCCGACUGCCCCGACGCCGAGCUCUUCUCUGAGGCCAGCAGCGUGAUGACCGGGUCCAAGUACUCCCAGAGCAACUCCCGCGUGUCCUCACGCUCGUCAAAGAACCGGCGUAAAGCAGAGAGGAAGAAGCUGAGUCUGAAGGAAGGAAGCCCGAUGGAGGACCGUGCGCUGGUCUACACUCUGGGGGAGAUCCUCAGCACCGUGGACAAGAUGAGGGAGGAGGUGCACGGCCUGCUCAAGGCUCUGGUGCUGUUCCAGUUCGACCGGCAGGCGGAGAAGCUGCAGCCGGCCUACGAGGAGGCGCUGCAGCUGAUGGAGGCCUCCGUCCCUGAGGUGUGGCCCCCAGAGGGGCCGCAGGGCCCCCAGGCUCAGCUCACGGGGCCGAACUCCACCGCCAACAGCAUCACAGCUUCUUACCAGCAGCAGCAGAGACCUGCUGCCUCGCUACCAGCUGCUGAAGUUCCGAUGCCUCCUAAGAUGAGGACCGGGGUCAAGUGGAAACUCAAUAUCCUCAUGUAGAGUUUAUUAUUGUUUUAAAGCUGUAAGAUGAUGUAAUAAAUAAAGUUGAUUCCUCUGUGAACGUG